UAUGUUGAAGAAAUUGUGUCAACAAUAUCUAAAUUUUUCAGUUGUUAAAAAUAAUUUAAUUAUUAUGAAUUCUUGUGUUAAAUGUGCACCGCUAACAGAACCAAUCCCGUUUUCAAAAGAUUUUUUGUUUCGUCAAAUGUUCGAUCCCACAUCCUGCACAUAUACUUAUCUAUUGGCCGAUAUCAACGAUAAAACAGCGAUUUUAAUUGAUCCGGUCAUUGAAUGGGCAGAACGAGAUAAAACUAUUAUUGAGGAAUUGGGAUUAACAUUAAAAUAUGCUAUAAAUACGCAUAUGCACGCUGAUCAUAUCACCGGAACAGGAAGGCUCAAGUGUUUGUUACCUGGUUGCCAGUCAAUGAUAUCACGUAGCAGCGGCGCUAAGGCUGAUAUACUCUUGAAUCCGGAUGACCAAAUAUGCUUCGGCAGGCAUAAUUUACAGGUGCUUCCUACACCCGGACAUACCGAAGGUUGUGUUACUUAUGUCUGCUACGAACAAGGCAUUGCAUUUACUGGCGAUGCACUUUUAAUACGUGGAUGUGGACGAACAGAUUUCCAGGGUGGAUCAUCAGAGAUUUUAUAUAAAUCAAUUCAUUCAAAAAUCUUUACAUUGCCACAAAAUUUUAAACUAUAUCCAGCUCAUGAUUAUUGUGGCAGAACGGUAACUACGGUGGCUGAGGAGAAGAUUCUUAAUCCGAGAUUAUCUAAAUCACUAAAUGAAUUUGUGAACAUAAUGAAUAAUCUUAAUCUGUCUUAUCCAAAAAUGAUAGAUAAAGCUUUACCGGCUAAUAAAGUUUGCGGAUUAUAUGAAGUUCACGAGGAACAGAAACCAUGAAGAGAUGAACUCUUCUGUGGUAUUUUUACGUUCAUCGAUCGACCGAUGUUAAUUCAAUUUUUUCGUUUUAUGUAAAAUAAUAGUUUAUAAUAAAAGGAAUUUAAUUAUAUAAUAAACAUAAAAAAAAAUUUAAGAAAAA